GCAAAGAAGAGGAGCGGUUAAUGUAUCAACAACUUCAGUCAGCGUCACAAAAACAGUUUGAUGACGCGCGGACCGAGAUCCAGCGCCGAGACCAGGAGAUCGUGGCGCUGACGGCCAAGAUGAAGACGCUGGAGGAGCAGCACCACGAUUACCAGCGGCACAUCACCGUGCUCAAGGAGUCGCUCUGCGCCAAGGAGGAGCACUACAACAUGCUCCAGGCCGAUGUGGAAGAGCUCCGCCAGCGACUGGAGGAGAAGAACCGCACCAUCGAGAAGAAGACGCAGGCGGCUCUGCAGGCCGGACAGGAGCGCAGUCGACUCAGCAGCGAGCUCAACGAGACCAGAGACCACCUGGACAUCAAGGACCGCAAAAUCAACGUACUCCAGAGGAAGGUGGAGAACCUGGAGGAGCUGCUGAAGGAGAAGGAUAACCAGGUGGACAUGGCCCGCUCCCGAUUAACCGCCGUCCAGGCGCACCACACCAGCUCGGAGGGCGCGCUCAGCUCCCUCGAGGAGGCCAUCAGCGACCGCGACAAGCAGAUCACCCAGCUGCGCGAGCAGCGCGACCGCGCCGAGCAGGACCGCGCCCAGGAGCGCGAGCUGCACGAGCGAGAGCUGGCCGAAUACAAGCUGAAGCUGCACGCGCUGGAGACCGAGCUGGAGAAGCUGCAGGUGCGGCUGGAGCGCGCCCAGACCGAAAAGGCCAAACUGGAGGCCAAGCUGGAGACAUCCCAGCAGGAACUGGGCAAGGCCAAGGCGGAGCUGGACAAGGUUCAGGGCGACGUCGGCAGCCGCUCGCACGAGGUCGAGUCGAGCAAACAGAAGCUGACCAAGCUGGAGCUGGAGACGGACAGACUGAGGGCGGAGAACGACCGGCUGCGGUUCGACCUCGAGCGGGAGCGAGAGCGGACCGAGAGGGACAGAGACGGCAGUCUGGCCGCCUCGCUGGAGAUCGAGCGCCUCCAGGAGCGGCUGGAGAAGUCGCAGGCCGAGCUGCGGCGCGCCCAGACCGAGCUGCGCAUGUACCAGAACGACAACGACCGCGUGCAGGUGGAGGUCGAGCAGCUGCAGGAGAAGGUGGAAAAGUCCUCCGGCGAGAUCUAUCGGCUGAAGACGCGCCUAGAGAACGCCCAGAGCGAGAAGGACUGCCUCCAGGAGGAGUACGACCGCUCGCAGAUGAUCCUGGCGCGCAUCAUGACCGACAAGGACCGCUCGCAGAGCGAGGCCGACAAGCUGAAGGAGGAGCUGGAGCGGUCGCAGCAGACGCUCGGCCGCACCCAGAUCACCCAGGAGAAGACGCAGAACGAGCUGGACAAGGCGCAGAUGGAGCUGGAUCAGCUGCAGGAGAAGCUCGACAGGACCACCGGCGAGCUGCGCAGGCUCCAGGCGGAGCGCGAGCAGGCGAUCUGCGACAUGGACCUGCUGCAGGCGCAGGUGGACAAGACGCUCGGACAGUCGACCCGCAUGCAGCGCGACAAGGAGGCCGUCGAGACGGAGCUCAGCAAGCUCAAGGACAAGUACGACAAGGCCCAGGGUCAGCUGGCGCGCGUGCUGAAGGAGAAGGAGGCCGUGGAGAUGGACCUGCUGAAACAGUCGGAGCGGGUCGAGCUGCUGCAGAGCCAGCAGGCCAAGGCGCUGAGGGACCGGGACACCGUGCAGACCGAGAUGGACCUGCUCCGCGAGAAACUGGACAAAAACUCCGCACUCAUACAGAAACUGCAGAUCGAGAAGGAGGACAGGAGCUCCGAGCUGGAGCACCUGCGGGAGAAACUGGAGAAGAACCAGCUGCUCAUCUCGCGGCUGCAGGAGGAAAAGGAGACGGCGCACCGCGAGAACGAGCGACUGCUGGAGAAAUACGACCGGUCGCAGGGCGAGGUGCAGCGGCUCCAGACCCGGCUGCAGACGGCGCAGGACGAGCAGGACCGGCUGCAGUCCGAGGGCGAGAAGUCGCACCUGCUGCUCGGUAAGACGCGCGAGGAGCAGCGCCGCGCGCAGGACGAGCUCGAGAAGCUGCAGGAGCUCUACGACCGCAGCGCCGUCCAGUUCAUGAGGAUGAAGGACAGCGAGGAGAGGUCCCGCGAGGAGCUGGAACGGCUCAACCUGGAGCUGGAGCGCCUCCGCGAAAAGUACGACAAGUCCCAGAUGGAGAACAAGAGGCUGUCCAACGAGCGAGAACAGCUCAAAGAGGACGUGGAUAAACUCGUGUUUGAUGUUGAGCGGUCCAAGGCCCAGUACCAGAAACUACAGGCAGCUCAGGAUCGCAGUAACGAGGAGGUGGCGCGUCUCCAGGUGGAGGUCGAGAAGGCGUACGAGAAGGCGGAGCGAAGUCACGCCGAGCUGAGGAAGAUCCAGGCGGAGCGCGACAAGGCGCAGGCGGAGGCCGAGACGUGCCAGUCGGAGAUGGAGCGCUACCUGGCGCGCCUCGGAAAGUACCAGGACAGCCAGGAGCGCAGCAAGGAAGAACAGGAGCGUCUCAAAUUGGAAAUCGAUCGUGUCAAGGAGAAGCUGGACAAAACGCAAAUGGAUCUGGAGACGGAGCACCUGAUGCGCGAUCGUUUCGAACAAGAGGCAGCUAAGCUGCGAAUCGAACUCGACCGUCUGGAGUCUCAGAAGGGUCGCACGCUUAGCGAGGACAGCCGCUCCGACAUACAGCUGGAGGUGCUGCAGAACGAGCUGGACCGCGUGCGGGAAAAGUACGACGUCUCCCAGAUGGAGGUUCGCAAACAGCGCAUCCAGGCUGAGAAACAGCAGGAGGAGGUGCAGCGGCUGCAGAAAGAGCUGGAGAAGCACGAGAACAACAUGACACGUUUUGCUUCUGAGAAAGAACAAAACCAGGGCGAGGUUGAGAGGCUGAAAUUCGAGCUGGAACGCAUUCGUUCCCGUUACGAAAAGGCGCAGAGCGAGGCGACGCGACUCGGUCAGAAGGUGGAACAGCUCGAGUCAGAGAAGAAACGGCUGAAGAGCGACCUGCAACAGGCGCAAGCUGAGUUGGACCGCCACUCGACGGCGCAGAACGACAGCCGAGACGACAUGGAGAAAAUAAAUGCGGAGAUGGACCGCGUGCGAGCCAAGCUGGAGCGUUCGCAGGCCGAGCUGCAGCGCGUCAGCGACGAGAAACAGACGAGCGACGCCGAGACGCAGCGCCUGAGCCGCGAGCUGGAGCACACCCAGCAGCGGCUGACCAAGUACAAAGACAGCAACGAGGCCGCCAAGGCCGAGUUCGAGAAGAUGGCCAUGGAGAUCGAGUCGCUGCACUCCAAGCUGGAGCGUACCGAGGGCAAGCUGCGCACCGCGGAGCAGGAGCGCCAGAACCUGCAGCAGGCGGCCAACAAGGCCAACAGCAAUGACGAGCAGACCAGGAUACAAGUCAAGGGCUUCCAGGACCAGCUGACCAAGCUACAGAAUGAACUAGAAAAGUCACAAGCUGCUCUCAGGGCUUCUGAGGAGCAGAAGCGCGCUGUAGAGGAGCAGAAGAGGGCUGUGGAGGAAGAGAAGCGCAAGGCUGAAGAGGGAAGAAGAAAAGCAGAAGAAGAAAAGAGACAGGCGGAGGAACAAAAGCACAAAGCCGAGGAGCAAAAACGUUUAUCGGAUGACGAAAAGCGAAAGGUAGAAGAAGAAAAACGGCUAACAGAAGAACACAAAAGCAAGAUUGAAGAAGAAAUGAGACAAAUCGAGGAAAGGCGGAAAAAGGCAGAGGAGCUGGCCAAAGAGGCUGAGAUUCAAAAGCAGCAGAUCAGGGAGAAGGCCCGUCAGUCGGAGGAGCGUUUGCUCGCGGCCGGUGGGGAGAAGGAUAAGCUGACUGCUGAGCGCAUGCAGCGCAUCUCUGCUCUGGAACACGAGCUGUCUCAGAUCACCGCCGAGCGCGACCAGCUGGUGACGCAGCUGGAAAAGUCGUCGGCCAUGCUGACCACCUUCCAGCAGGAGCUGCAGUCCACCCAGCGCAGCCUGGAGUCGGCGCAGCAGGCUGCCGGCGGCCAGCAGGCGCAGGCUGCGCAGCAGCUCAAGGAGCGCGAGGCGCAGCUGCAGCAGCUCACGCAGCAGCUGUCCCAGAAGCAGCAGGAGAUGGAGUCGCUGCAGCGCGCUCACGAGGCGGAGGUGGCACGACUGAAGAGGGCGGAGGUGGAGCUGCGCGAGGCUCAGAGUAACAGCAGCCGCUCGGACUCGGAGCAGCUGCAGCAGCUGCGCGCUAGUUUGGAGGCGGAGCGCGGCCGCGCCGACCGCGCCGAGCAGACGCUCCAGGAGACGCAGUCGCAGCUGGCGCAGCUCAAACAGCAGCUGGAGGCGGCCCGGACGGAGACGCGGCAGGGCGCGGCCGUGCUGCAACAGCAGGUGCAGCAGCAGAAGCAGCAGCUGCAGGAGCAGCAGCAGCGGCUGGAGCAGCAGCAGGGCACCAUCCAGGAGCAGCAGCAGCAGCUGGCGUCGGCCCACCAGCUGCUGCAGCAGAAGACCAGCGACUCCACUGAGGUCCAGAAGCUCAGGAAGGAGCUGGAACGCUCCAAAAACGACAUGCAGAACUCUCGAGUAGAGCGAGAAAGGCUUCAGUCCCAGCUGGAGAUACUGGUUCAGGAGCUCCAACGCACCCAGCUGGAUCUACAGAAGGCACAGCAAAAAGCUGCUAACUCGGGCAGUAGCAGUGAGGAGGAUUCCAGCGCGCAGCAUCAGCAGCAGUUACAGCAGCAACAACAGCAGCUGCAGCAACAGCAGCAGCAGUUGCAGCAGGCCCAACAGCAGCUGCAGCAGCAACAGCAGCUGCUUGAGGAGCGUACGCGGCAGCUGGAGGAACGGGACAAGCAGCUGGCGCAGCUGCAGGCUCGCGUCAAACAGCUCGAGUCGGAGUUGGCAGCCAAGGCGGAGCAGGGCGGCGGAGCGGCAGAGCUGGCGCAGCUGCGGACAGAGCUGGCGCAGCUGCGCGAGGAGAACAAGAAGGCGCAGGCCGAGUCGGAGCGCCUGCUGCACCUGAUGCAGAUGUCGCAGGAGGAGCAGUUCGCCAAGGACAAGACCAUCAAGGAGCUGCAGGAGUGA